AAAUUGUUCGUGAUAACGGCACCGCAGAACCACGAAACGAUCGCGGCUUUGGCAAAAACCUUUGGAUACGCGAUCACCGACCACCUACAGCACCGAUGGAUUUAUUGAGCAGACAAGGGCUGAGGACGGACGGCCGGCGGUCCGACGAGUUGCGCAGGAUCAGUUGCAAGAUGGGAGUGUUCAACCAGCCGGAUGGUAGCGCGUACCUGGAACAGGGCAACACGAAAGUGCUCGCGGCCGUCUACGGGCCGCACGAGAUUCGGGUCAACAGAUCGAAAGCGCCCAAUGACUGUGCGGUCAUCAACUGCCAAUACAGUAUGGCGACGUUCAGUAGAAGUGAACGGAAACGUAGACCCAGAGACAACAAGUCAGCUGAAUUAACAGUUCAUCUCAAACAAGCAAUGACGACUGCAAUUAAAACCGACCUAUAUCCUAAAUCUCAGAUCGAUAUAUUUGUAGAGGUUUUACAAUCUGAUGGCGGUAAUUAUAGUGUUUGUGUUAAUGCUGCUACAUUAGCUUUAAUAGAUGCAGGAAUUGCCAUGGAAGAAUUUGUGAUCUCAUGUACGUCUAGCUUAGCUAAUGGUGAAGUGCCAUUAGUGGAUAUAAGUCAUCUGGAAGAGACACUGGGCGGUCCCAGUAUAACUGUAGCAAUAUUACCCAUUUCUGGAAAAAUUGCCAUGUUGGAAACAUCACAGAGAAUGCACAUCAACCACGUGGAACCUGUGCUAACCGAAGCUAUGCGAGGAUGUCGUUACAUAUAUGAUACUUUGAAUAAAACUAUAAAGAAACACUAUGAAGAGAUUGGUGGUGCUUUGAAUUGGGGAACUGAAGAAUACAAUAUUUGAUCCUAUGUAUAUGAAUUAAUUAAGCUGUUUAAACAACAAAUCUAUACACCGAGUAUAUUUUUGUAUAUUUAUAUUUUUGUAUUAUUUUUGACAUGUUCUAUUCUCACAAUUUGUAAUAUAAGGUAUUUAGCUAUACUUAAAAAAUAUAUUUACACAGUUUAAGAUUGAUACAACUAA